CGAAGAGGUUCUCUCCUCCAUGCAUCUUCUCUCUGACAAGCUACUAGUCUUCUUCUCUUUUGCUCUCGAGUCUGUGCGAAACCCAAAUCUCCUUGCUGAAAUUUCUCGCUUCUUGCAGGACACUCAUUCAACCGUUUGUCUUAAAAGAUGGAGCUGCCACUGAUUCCGUCACUCCUCGACGACGUCACCGUCGACAUCGUAGCUCGUGUGCCCAGAAGCCAAUACCCGACACUCUCCCUCGUUUCCAAGAGUUUCAGGAAUCUCAUUGCCUCUCCUAAGCUCUACAAGAGACGAUCUCAGCUAGGCAUCAGCCAACACCGUCUCUACGCCGUCCUCCGCAACCGCAAAACCGGUGAAUUCAGUUUCUACAUCCUCCACCGUAAACUCAACGGCUACAACCGGUUGGUGCCUGUCCGGUCACUUCCUUUCAUGUCUUCCCGUGGAAGCUGUGUCUCGGUUGGUUCGAAGGUGUACGUGUUUAACGACCUCUCAGUACUCAUCUUUGACUGCACGUCUCACACGGUUCAGCGGGCCCCAGACAUUCCUCAGCGGAUGUCUUAUAAAGAGGUUAACGUCAUCGGGAAGAAGGUUUACGUAAUUGGUGAUGCGUUUUCUCAUUAUGUCGAGGAGACAGCGUGGGAGACAGUGUGGCAAAAGGCAGUCACGGUGUUUGAUACAGAAACACAAUCGUGGGAGCCUAAGCCUAGGUUGGUAAAGGAAGACAUGGCUGUUGGUAUAGGUCCCUUUUGGUCUGAUUCUGUUGUGAUGGAUGGUAAGAUUUACCUGAAAACUCGCAAAAAGGACUGCUCUUCUGUUUAUGUACCAGAGGAAAGGAAUUGGGAGUUGAUGGACGAGGUGUUGAACUCUAAGGAGUGGGAAGGUGCGUGUGUGAUUGACGACGUCUUGUACUAUCAUGACCGUUCCAGGAAGGUUCUGAGGGCGUAUGAUCCGAAGCAGGGCUGUUGGAGUGUUGUCAAUGGUUUGGAGGAGUUUUUGGCUGUGGAGACUGCUCGUUCAAGGUGGUCCAGAACGGUGAACUACGGUCCCAAUAAGUUGGCUCUCUUCUUUCCUAAGAAACAGUAUGGCGAGAAGAUGAUUUGCUGUGCGGAGGUCGCUUUGGAAAGGCGCCAAGGAGGAGAGAUUUGGGGUAAGGUCCAGUGGUGUCAUAUUGUCAUUGGCGGUGAGCUUUUUGACAUGGUGAAAUUUGUGGCUGUUACUGUUUGAUGCAUUUAGAUCCCUUCUUAUCUAAACUAUUAAGGCUGAA